AUGCGGGGGGUACUUUGGCUUUGGCUCUUCCUCCUGGUGAGAGACAGCGAAACGACCGAGCCGACCCGGCGGGAGCUCUCUGCAGUCGCGCAGCAGGCGCAGCAGGCAGACGACGAGUGCUUUUGGGACUCCCCUCAGGUGGCAGAGACCUCUUCCUCUUGCGCUUUCAGCGCGCUGCAACGGAGCUCGGGCUCGUUUUCCAAAGCCGCCGCCGCCUCGGCGGAGCUCCAAAACACGGAAGAAGCGGCUUCCGCCUCGGACUCCCUUCGGCUUUACCAGUGGAAUCCCCACUGGCAGUGCUUCUAUGAGAGCAGGCACCGCAGAUGCAGGGAGCAAAGCAAGGCCCUCUUGAAUCGCGGCUUGCGGAACAUGCAGAUCGACUUUGCGAAUGUCAUCGAACUUGUCGAUCCUUCUUAUAGGCCCCCCGGAGGCUUUCAGAUGCUGAAAGCCACCUGCAACAGCAAAGAGAAUGCCCUCUUGAUCUACGACUCAUCCAAGUGGAAGCCCUCCAACAAAGGAGGCUCUCGUGUCUCCGGGUGCAUCACGAGGAAGGAUCGUGCCUUUAACGUGCAAGUGUUUGAGUCUGUCCGUGGUUCUCCACUGUCUCAGGUUGUGGUGGUGGGCGCACACUACCCGCACUACAUCAAUGUGCCAAGACUCAGAGAUUCUCUCGCUCAAGUCAUGCACUCAACGGGGGUCAAAAACGUGAUCUUCAUCGGGGACACCAAUCAGGAGAACGGUGACAGCAUGGACGUAGCCCGGGCCCUUGGGAUGCCAAUGGCACAUUCGAUUCGCUCCUCCCCGCUUUUCGUCAGCUGCUGCCACAAAGUCAACGACGGCUUCGUCUGGAAGUUCGAUCGGAUUAUCACGAACUUCGGCCGCAUGACAGAUGCAGGAGUCUUCGAAGUGCCCUCGUGGGCAGCGCCCUCCAUGCACAGAGCUGUGCACGCCAAGAUCCAGCUCUCCUAG